AUGGGCGCGGAUGGCGAUGUCGACGGGCCCAGGAAACGCCGAAAGCUCAAUCCCCCCGAAACCGGGCCCUAUGUCCUUAGGCAGCUUGUUGAUCAGAUACCAGUUUCAGCAGAAGGGGACCAGGGCGCUCACAUCACUUGUGUAGAAUAUUGGAAUGACAACCUUUACGUUGGAACCUCUCUUGGAGAGGUACUGCAUUUCGUUUCCCUUCCAGGCGAUGGCCCCAACAGCGAUACCACCGACCCAACUUUAAUAUUGGCUUCCAGACUUCCAGUCUCCGCUUCUAUUAAUACGGCUACCCCAGAUGUACCUGUUGGGGUUCAGCGAAUCUUGGUCGUCCCCAGAGCGAACAAAGCGUGUAUUCUUUGCGAUGGGGUUGUCUCGUUUUAUUCACUUCCGGAACUCAGUCCCGCUUACGGAACAACGAAAGUUGGGAAUUGUAGCUGGAUAGGAGGGCUUGACCUCAAUGAAUCGGCAGGCGACGAUGAAGGGGGUGAUCCUGUUGUUAUGAUAGCACGGCAAAACAAUCUUAUGCUUGUUCGCAUGGGCGAGGAGCCACGGCGGGUAAAAAACAUAGAAUUCCCAGGCUGCCUUGCCGGUGUUCGCCGGGACACUAUUGGCUGCGUUGCUGAUGGGUUUUCAUACUCUCUCCUUGAUGUUGAAAGGCGCCAAAAGAUACAUCUUUCAAAAAUUCGUCCAUCGGAGGAACAAGAGGAUCCCGAGCUUCAAAAUAUUCCGAAAAGGCCAGGAAUUUCUAUGCAUCGCCACUCCGCGAGCUCUAAUGGAAAUGAAUUGUUGAAUGAAAAUCGAAUACACGGCAGAAGUUCAAGUCUAAAUGCUGUGGACGCUCAAUUUGAUACACGGCGCCGCAGUCCUGAAUCAAGGGCCCUCCCCAGAUCCCUUUCAAGGACCCCGGAUCCAGACGCCAGGGCAUCUCCAAAUCGCCAACUGACCACCCAUGGGUCUUCCGAUACUCCAAGUAACGGCUCAACCAUGCCACCUCUAACCCAGAAAGCAUUGCCACGCCCGCCGGCUUCUGAAUUAUCCACAUUCAAGCCCCACGUUGUUUCUCCUACCCCUUCAGAAUUCCUGUUUGUGACGGGAACAGAAGAAUCCGGCGUAGGGGUUGGCAUGUUCGUGAAUCUUGACGGCGAGGGAACACGAGGCACAAUAGAGUUCCAAACGUAUCCGGAUGCCAUUGUGCUUGAUAACGACAGCGAUGGUACGGGAUCGGCUGCAAACAAUGAUAGUGAGGAAGGGUAUAUUCUUGCUGUUGUUGAUUCUAACAAUGGUGAGGAGCUUGACAAACAAAUCGAGGCGCAGCGAUGGGAUCUCAACCCAGGGGAAGGCGAAAGGCAUAAGUCAUUAUUAGCGAUUCCCUUGUGCGAGUCCUCGCCAGGGCCUAUAGGUAUCCACAGAACUGUUAGCUCCACCCAAGUCAGCUUUUCUAGAGUCGGAGAUAUCAUGCGAAUGGUGCGACUUAAGUUGUCAUCUCGACCGGAAAACGCAGACCCAAGAACUAAAGCCUCGAUCGAACAAUUGCAGAAGGAAAAGGAGCUUUUUGAGUCCCAAGAAAUUGACCCCAGCACCAUAGACCAACCGUCUUCUGGGUUUCAACCUGAAUGGGAAGUACAAAGAAGCCAAGAAGAAGCUAAGCUAGCUAUGAAUCUAGCUCACGUUAACAGUGGUGUACUUCUUUGGGGAGGGAACUGCAUAUGGCGCGUAGUCCGAAACCCCUUAGCCCUACAACUGGAAAAUUCUUUGCAGCUUGCCCAGCCUGAGCUGGACGAUGGUCUUCAAACAACUGAUUUGACAGCGAUUACACAGCUACUAGAUGAAAUGGCUACUAUUAUUCCAAAGACGGAAAACGAGUUUCGUGGCCUCAACUAUGUCAUGCAAAAGGCAAGCUUAGUCCUAUUCGCCCAUUUGAUAUCAACGGAUCAAGCAUUUCAUACGACGGAGAUGAUCAAAGCGACCGAACUCGCACUCAUCAAUGGGGGUUUGGACCCACGAGUUUUAUUACUCUUAAUACCGUUGGUUAAGUCGGAAGUUCUCGAGAGCUCCCAGGGGAUAUGGGUUAAUCGUGGCCUCGCAAUGGUCGCGGAGCCAUUGAUCGAAACCUCAGAAAAUGGGGAUAUGAAUAAAAAAACGUUUCAAGACAUUGACGUACGUAUACUAAUGAUGACAGUAAGGUUUCUGCUUUCGUGGCAGAAAAAAAGAGGCUAUGGAAGUAUCGCCGAUGAGAUGUAUGUUUUCAAUAGCGUCGAUGCGGCCCUAUUACACCUGUUACUGGAGCUUGACAGUAGCCACUACCGUAAGGCCAAUGCUCCCGCUGCCUCUUUUGCACGCACAGAGUUAAACAGACUGGUGGACAAUUGGAAGGGUGACUUUGAGCGUGCGAUUGAAUUACUCGAAGAUUACAGGAGGCUGUUUGUGCUUAGCAGGCUGUAUCAGAGUCAAAAAAUGUCCAAACAUGUUCUUGGAACUUGGAAGAGAAUAAUAGAAGGCGACACAGACGCCGGAGGAGAAUUAUCUACGCCAGCUGCGGAGAUACAGGUCCGCAAGUAUCUUGUGAAAUUAAGAGAUAGUAAGGUUGUUGAGGAAUAUGGUGCCUGGCUCGCGUCAAGAAAUCCUACACUGGGGAUACAGGUCUUUGCAGACGAUACCAGCAGGAUUAAGCUUGAUCCAGUACAAGUCAUUCCGUUACUGAAGGAAAACGCACCAGGUGCCGUGCAGGUCUAUCUGGAACACCUGGUAUUUGCAAAGAACUGCUCUCAGUACGCGGAUGACCUUAUCGGAUAUUACCUUGAUACGGUUAUUUCCGUGCUUGAAAAUUCCCCUGAGGCACGGACGUCCCUCGCUGAGUCAUAUUCGACAUACAGAGCGCUUCGCCCCCCAAAGCCAUCCUAUCUUGGAUUCAUAUCUGAAAAUGCACCGCCCAACAACUGGUGGCAGUCGCGUCUUCGACUUCUUCAACUUCUUGGCGGCGAAUCCAGAAGCCAGUUUACUUCUACACCUACCCCCCGAGACCUGUCAUACUCAAUCACCGCUGUUCUAAAUCGUAUUGAACCGUUUCAAAACGAGCUAGUGUCUGAAAACAUCAUUCUAGGGGGCCGUCAAGGCCGUCACCAUGAAGCUCUCCAUUUGCUUACCCAUGGACUUGGAGACUAUGACACGGCAAUUCGAUACUGUGUAUAUGGUGGAUUCUCCGCCUCGCCAACAUCCACGCCUCCUGUUACUGAAGAGUCUUUGAAAUUUCGAAAAGACUUAUUCACCCGUCUCUUGCGAGAAUUUCUCGAGAUACCAGAUUCGUCUGACCGUAUCGAACGCACCUCUGAUCUCCUUACCCGCUUCGCAGCGCUAUAUGACGUAGGAGACGUGCUCUCAGUUGUUCCUGAUGAUUGGACUGUCGAUGUUCUCUCGGGGUUUCUGGUUAGAGUCCUGAGAGACUUAUUGACUGAGAAGAGAGAGGUGAAAGUACAAAGAGCGCUCAGUGCAGGGUUGAAUCUUAAGGUUGGAGUGGAAAUGUUGGAGAAGGGAGAUAAGGCCGGCGGUGGCUGGGUAGAAGAAGAAAGUGGCGUGAGGGCGCUGAAUAGUGGCAAAUCUAAGGAUAUUAAAGGGAAGAAGAGGGCAAUUGUGGAUGUAAAUGAGCGACGAUGA